UACCGUUUGCAGAGGCCAUGAUGUAUCACUUUUUUGCAAGCACCUAGUUCGUCGUACGUCGAGCCCAACGUACGGCUCUCAGAAAAUAUUGAAAAUUAAGGUGUAAAAGGGGCAAAAACUGAUCAACGUGACGAGAUGAAUUCGAGAGAGACACAAGAAUCAUCGGGUAAAUCGCAGGUGCCUAAAAGAACAUUGGCAAAACGUAUGUCAGCCAUAAUACCAUCAUCUAUAACCAAAUGGUUCAAAAACCUGCAAUCACCUGAACAAUCAUCAUCUGAACAAUCAUCACCUGAUUCUGGUUGUUUAGGAGAACCUGAACCUAAACGAAGGCGACAUAGCGAAGAUCCAAAUAAAUAUUUACCAAGAACAGCUUGUGCUAGUACAAACACAGAUUCUUUAUAUUCUGCAAGGUUAACACAAAAACGUAAAAGCGAAGAUUUAUUAAAUGCAACUACAAUUCAAUCACCAGAGGACGCAGUAAAUCGGGUGUCAUUUAUUUUGAAAAGCUCUUUGCGUUCAGAGGAUGAUCCGAAGCCAAAAGAAACUUAUGUAGAUCACAACAGAACGCCAGGAUCGCCUUUCUAUCCAGGUAAUACAACGUAUGGCGGAGCAUCCAACCAUUUGUCUCAAGAUGCAAUUAAAAAAAGAAGUAUGUUUAGAAAUAGACUUAAUAAAAGUAGAGGCAAUAAUGAUUUUAAAAUGAGUGGAUCUUCUGAAAGAAUAGAAGAAGUUAGAAGGAUAUCGCAAUUUGUCAGCAACGAAAAUAAUAACAAUUCAUCUACCACCAUAUCUAACGACACUUCUAAACAUAUUGCUACAAAAAGUCAAGAACUACAGGUGCCAAGCAUUGCUACCAUAUUAAGUAUGAAAAAGAAAUCUGGUCUGAUGGCUAGCACAAGCACUGCUAGACAAUUACUGGCAUCACAGAGUAGUGCCACUAAGUAUUCGCCAUAUGGUGUAUAUAAAAAUUCGGAUUCAGCCAAACGUCUUGAUAAAUCGACAUCAAAUAAUUUGACAGUAAAUAUAGGAAAUUUACACAACAUGACAUUCACAACAUCGACACCAUCGACAACAAUAGCAAAACUUUCUAAUAUCUCACAAUCUCCAAACAAUAUUGAAGAUAUGCAGACUGAAAACAGUAGUUUUCAAUGUACUAAUGCUGCAGAUGCACAUAGAAAUAAUAGUGUAUGUUGUGGUGGCAACGGUUUAGAAAAGUCUAAUGAAAGUAAUGGCAAGGUAGCAGAACCAAGCCAAAAUCAAAAUUCUACAAACUUACUCUUGGCUAAUUUUGACAUGCUAUCCCCAAUAGUGGAAUCUUUAAACGAAUAUUCGAACCAAAAUACUACAAGUAACACACAAAAUUUAUCUACUCCUCAAGUGAAUGAUUCAAGUAAUACUGGAACUUUUAGGCCUCGUCCCAUGACUUUAGUACCUCCGUCCAUUACUACAGUACCUCCUUCUGUUACUUCAGUACCAGAGUGUAAUUUGAAUGAGAGUAAUUUGAAUGCUUUUCCAUCUGAAUCUUCACGCAAAAUCAGUUCAACUCCAGCGUUUAACUUGGGUUUUAAUCAGAAUUCAAUUCAUUUUGGCCUUGGCCCCAUGAAGUCGGUGAAAUUUGAAAUUGGAACUAGCAAAAAUGCAACAUUUCUUGUAAAUACCCGAGAUCCUUCAGGCAAAUGUGAGUCGCCGACAAUCGAUUCGCACGGAUACAUAAAUUCUGCAGCGGACCCAACAAAUAGGAACAUUAUAAUGACUGGUAAUAAUAGCAUUAGAACAUUUGGACGCAGCAACGAAGGCUCUAACUCAUUAAACACAGACAACUCAAGUCUGUUUCCUAGCGUCCAAAGCCAGCCUCAACAACAAACAGAAAACAGUAGUUGGGCUUCUUCUUCAAAUUUAUGUUCAGCACCGCAAGGCCUACCUACAAAUCAACGAAAUCAGGCACCGACUCUAUUUCCCUUUCUUGGAAUAUCAUCUGAUACUAUUUCAAUGAACAACGUAUCAACAUUUCAUAAAAACGCUCACAUGCCGUCGCCCUCGCCAGCGUUUGGUAUGCUUCCUGCUAAUGCCAACAAUUCAUUCAAUUUGGUUUCUACGCUAAAUCAAGCAAAAUCAAUAAGCAACAUCAAUACACCAGGAGCGGUACCUUUCGGAAAAACACCUCAGAACUUUACAGGCAACAGCUCAUUAUUUGCCGAAACGUCCCAUCAGAUGGGACUUCAGCCCAGCUUCAAUUUUUCUGCUGGUCAGGGUCCUGCUCCUAAUGUAUUUAACUUCUCUCAGCAGUCGGGGGUUCGUAGUAUGACUGGGACGUCGUUACCGCAAUUCCAAGUUGGCAGCUCUUCCGCCCCAGGACAAGCUCGCCGUAUAAGGAAAGCGGUCCGACGAACAACACCACGAUGAACGCUUUAUAAUCAAAACUAGCCAAGAUAUGUUUUAAAAUUACACCCGUGUCAUGCAUGUCAAGUGUUUCGUCUUGAUGAACGAUAUUUAUAUGUAUAUAUUUUUUUAAAUUAUAAACUUAAAUACAUUAUUAAACAGACUUCACACUUUGAAGUCAGUCCUUAUAUAGUGUAUUUUAAUAAUGAAAGUGAAAUGAUGAUGAUGUAAUGUUGAAAGUUACUUCGUGUGGCCGUACUCGUUCUAGGUACCAAGGAGGGAUCCCGCCGUGGAUCCGCCCUUGCUACUUUUUUAAAGUUUGAGUUAAAGAAGCUAGGAUAAUCUAUUUUGAAAC